AUGUAUAGCAAACCUCAUACCAACGCACAGUCGAGGGCCGCACCCGAAGAGUACAAACGCAACGGCGGUAUUGAAUGUAUUCCCGUUGAACACUACUCAAAGGUGGGGCAAACUUUACCCACGAGUAUCGCUGCGGAAGCGGUGUUGGCGUUGGGUAUAACGGGAAACACAGAGGCGUCGCAAACCCUAAGAUUGUUGGCCCCCUUAACCCUCAACUGGGGGUCAAUCACAACGUCCGGCCUCUCUAUCGCACCCAUACGACAGGUGCCCGACGGGUGAUCACCAGAGUUUGUAUUGUUUUUAAUAAAACAUUUUAAUCUCUCAAUACAUUCAUACAAAUACUGUUUGUCCGGACAGUCGGGACAACCUAUUGAUGAAAAUGAAGGUAAAGGCUGUAAAUAUUGUGUGAGAGUUAAUUGUUCUAACAAAUUAAACACCAUGGUCACCGCAUCC